AGGAGGACCUAUUAGAGCCUCGGCCCCGGCGCCGGUGACUCAGUGUUCGCGGGAGCGCCGCAGCCACGCCAGCCAACCCGGCUCCCGAGGUCUGACAGCGCCCGGCCCCGAUCUGCGCGCCUGCCAGGAGCGAGCCGCGACCAGCCGGCCGGCGCGCUCCGCCCCUGAGAAGCCUCCGUCCUCCGCUCCGAGCUCCGCGCCCUUCCCGGGACCCCUGCCCUGCGGGCAGCCUUGCCACCCUGCCGGCCAUGGAGACCCCGUCCCAGCGGCGCGCCACCCGCAGCGGGGCGCAGGCCAGCUCCACCCCGCUGUCGCCCACCCGCAUCACCCGGCUGCAGGAGAAGGAGGACCUGCAGGAGCUCAAUGACCGCUUGGCCGUCUACAUCGACCGUGUGCGCUCGCUGGAGACGGAGAACGCGGGGCUGCGCCUUCGCAUCACCGAGUCGGAAGAGGUGGUCAGCCGCGAGGUGUCCGGCAUCAAGGCCGCCUACGAGGCGGAGCUCGGGGAUGCCCGCAAGACCCUCGACUCUGUGGCCAAGGAGCGCGCCCGCCUGCAGCUGGAGCUGAGCAAAGUGCGCGAGGAGUUUAAGGAGCUCAAAGCGCGCAACACCAAGAAGGAGGGUGACUUGAUGGCCGCCCAGGCCCGGCUCAAGGACCUGGAGGCGCUGCUCAACUCCAAGGAGGCGGCGCUGAGCACCGCUCUCAGUGAGAAGCGCACGCUGGAGGGCGAGCUGCACGACCUGCGGGGGCAGGUGGCCAAGCUCGAGGCAGCCCUGGGGGAGGCCAAGAAGCAGCUGCAGGACGAGAUGCUGCGGCGAGUGGACGCCGAGAACCGGCUGCAGACCCUGAAGGAGGAGCUGGACUUCCAGAAGAACAUCUACAGCGAGGAGCUGCGUGAGACCAAGCGGCGCCACGAGACCCGGCUGGUGGAGAUCGACAACGGGAAGCAGCGCGAGUUUGAGAGCCGGCUGGCCGACGCGCUGCAGGAACUGCGGGCCCAGCACGAGGACCAGGUGGAGCAAUACAAGAAGGAGCUGGAGAAGACCUACUCCGCCAAGCUGGACAACGCCAGGCAGUCUGCUGAGCGGAACAGCAACCUGGUGGGGGCCGCGCACGAGGAGCUGCAGCAGUCCCGCAUCCGCAUCGACAGCCUCUCGGCCCAGCUCAGCCAGCUGCAGAAGCAGCUGGCAGCCAAGGAAGCGAAGCUGCGGGACCUGGAGGACUCGCUGGCCCGGGAGCGGGACACCAGCCGGCGGCUGCUGGCGGAGAAAGAGCGGGAGAUGGCCGAGAUGCGGGCAAGGAUGCAGCAGCAGCUGGACGAGUACCAGGAGCUGCUGGACAUCAAGCUGGCCCUGGACAUGGAGAUCCAUGCCUACCGCAAGCUCCUGGAGGGCGAGGAGGAGAGGCUACGCCUGUCCCCCAGUCCCACCUCGCAGCGCAGGGGCCGUGCCUCUUCGCACUCGUCCCAGACGCAGGGCGGGGGCAGCAUCACCAAGAAGCGGAAGCUGGAGUCGGCCGAGAGCCGCAGCAGCUUCUCGCAGCACGCGCGCACCAGCGGGCGCGUGGCAGUGGAGGAGGUGGAUGAGGAGGGCAAGUUUGUGCGGCUGCGCAACAAGUCCAAUGAGGACCAGUCCAUGGGCAACUGGCAGAUCAAGCGCCAAAACGGAGAUGACCCCUUGCUGACUUACCGCUUCCCGCCCAAGUUCACCCUGAAGGCCGGGCAGGUGGUGACGAUCUGGGCUGCUGGAGCCGGGGCCACCCACAGCCCCCCUACCGACCUGGUGUGGAAGGCGCAGAACACUUGGGGCUGUGGAAACAGCCUGCGCACGGCUCUCAUCAAUUCCACUGGGGAAGAGGUGGCCAUGCGCAAGCUGGUGCGCUCGGUGACUGUGGUGGAGGACGACGACGACGAGGAUGGAGAUGACCUGCUCCAUCAUCACCAUGGCUCCCACUGCAGCAGCUCGGGGGACCCCGCUGAGUACAACCUGCGCUCGCGCACCGUGCUGUGCGGGACUUGCGGGCAGCCCGCCGACAAGGCGUCUGCCGGCGGCCCGGGAGCCCAGGUGGGCGGAUCCAUCUCCUCUGGCUCUUCCGCCUCCAGUGUCACGGUCACGCGCAGCUACCGCAGUGUGGGGGGCAGUGGGGGUGGCAGCUUCGGGGACAACCUGGUCACCCGCUCCUACCUCCUGGGCAACUCCAGUCCCCGAACUCAGAGCCCGCAGAACUGCCGCAUCAUGUAAUCAGCGGGGAACCUGCCGGCGGGGGUGGGGCCAGGCCUCCUGCUUCUUCCUCACCUCGUGCCCACCCCACCCCUGCCCUGCACUUAGGGGAGGGGCUUGAAGCCAAAGAAAAUGACCCCCCCCUUUGGUUUUUUUUCUUCUGUAUUUUUUUUUCUAAGAAAAGUUAUUUUCUACAGUGGUUUUAUACUGAAGGAAAAAACAAGCUUAAAAAAAAAGCUACAUCCCGCUUUCUGCUCCCUUCCAUUGCCCUGCUUCCAGGAAACUCAACGACUGCCUUAAAACCAAAGAGGAGCGGCGGGGAGGGGGGUGCUUUUGUAGAGCCUGGUUUCCGCUUCUCUGCCUCGGCUGCCGCCCCCCACCUCGGGACCCCCGGGACCCCCGUGUCAUGGUGCCUGAGAGGCGGGUGUGGAGCCUUCCUCGCCCCCCCCCCCCCAGGUCAGCCCCUGGGAGGGAGAGGGAGAGCCGCGUUCCUGCUGCACAAGGCAGCAGAGGCUCCGCUGCCCGCCCUGCCCCUGUCCCCACCCUUGUCCCCUCCCCGGGGUGAGUCCCGCCUCCCAGGAACUCGCUGCGCUUGCUUUACAUGCACUUUCUUUAGACAAGAGAUGGGAAGGCGGCGGCGCGAGGUGAAAGUGGGGGGGAAGAAGAGGGUUAGUUGGAGCCGAGCUCAGGAUGGAGGCUGGGUGGGCUCUGUGUGUCAAGGUCACAUGCAGGGCACGGAGGAAGGAGCGGGAAAGGAAAGGAGAGCCUGCUGGGCCCCAGCGCAGAGGCGGAAGCCAGGGGCCCAGGGUGUGUGGCGGUGGUGCCUGGCAAACACUAAGGAGCCGCGUGUCCCCUUCCCAUCUGCACCCCUGUCGCCUCCCCCAGUCAAUACACUAGCUGUUUCUA